ACCGGUUGUGGCCUGCGACAAGACCACCGCCGUUUCAGCUUAACACAGACUACCGACUGCCAAGGGACGUGGUGCCAGGAUUGCCACCUGGUAAGGCCAGUCAACGCCAUCUCUUGUCAUGCUGGACAAACGCUAGUCUGCGUACGGUCGUUUCCGGGACCCGGCAGUAGCAGCAGCAGCAGCAGCAGAUUGUCAACCGUCGGUCAGUCAGUCAGUUUUUUGCUGGUUCCGGUCGGAGCAGUUCAACGAUCACCGCUGGCAAGGAAGCAUCGCAUCUGCUUCACGUCCUUUUCGUCCGUUCACCAGUCAGUCAGAAUGCCUCCCAUAAAGAGGAUAAGUGUUUUAGCGUUGAUUUUAACUAGUAUCGUAGUCGUACUGGCAGAGCUGGAAAGUGUGGAACAUUCUUCCCCGGGCUGUGCUUCUCCCCACCACCAGUGCCUUCCACGGGUACUCUGUGCGCAAAGUGAACCACGUGGAAAACGAGAGGUGGUAACCUUUUGCACGGCACUUGAUGGCGUGGAAGGAAUUUGCUGUCGCCCGUUGGCUCAAGAGGCAUCCGCACGAGUGAAGCGCUCGCUGUUGCACCAAAUUCCCGAUCAGCUGCUAACGAAUGCCGUCCGCGAAGGUCAUCGGGUGUACGCACGGAAGAUGGUAAAAAUGGAAAAGAAUCACAGUGAAAGGAAGCCACAGAUGGCUGAAGCAUCGCUUGUGCAUCGAUUCCACGGUUCACCAUUUACGCGCCGUGACCAGGACGCCGUCCAGGAUCAGCAUGAAGCGUAUGAGGAUGUCUUUGUCGUGCGCUCGCUGAUCGAGGCACUGAACCUAACCAAAGAAGCGCCAGAGCUACAAGAUGGCAUCGAUGUCGAUGAAGGGAAAAAGCUUCACAAACGGUGCAUUCCACCGAAACAUUGCGAUCCCUCGGCCAGAUACCGUUCCAUCGAUGGUAGCUGCAACAAUCCGAUUCCGGAGCGUAGCAGCUGGGGUGCCGCAGGACAUCCUUUCGAACGAUUGCUACCACCGGCUUACGAAGAUGGCGUCUGGGCUCCACGAUUGCACUCGGCUGUCACUGGGAGGCUGCUGCCAAACGCCAGAGAUAUCUCGGUGGCCGUCUUUCCGGACAACGAUCGUCCGGAUCCAAAGUUUAAUCUGCUGCUGAUGCAAUUUGGUCAGUUCAUGUCACACGAUUUUACUCGCAGUGCCAGCGUUCGAAAUGGAGACGAAGAGAUACAAUGCUGCUUGCCAGAUCAUUCGGGACCGGUACACCGGGAAGGGGCUCAUUUUGCCUGUCUGCCCAUCACGGUCAGCCCAAACGAUCCGUUCUACUCCAAGUUCGGUAUACGGUGUCUCAACUUUGUACGCCUUGCGUUGGCCAGGGAAGGAAAGUGUAAGCUGGGGUAUGGUAAGCAGCUGAACAGGAUCACCCAUUUCAUCGAUGGCUCAACGGUGUACGGAUCGGAUCCGGAAACGGCCGCUUCGCUGCGUACGUUCAACGGUGGUCGACUGCAAAGUGUCUUUCCGUCCGGUGAGGAGCUACUACCGUUCGAGAACCGUCGCGGUGCCUGUGAACCAUGGGCCAGCGCCUGUUUCCGGGCCGGUGAUGAUCGUUCGAAUCAAAUCAUCUCGCUCACCGAGGUGCAUGUGCUGUUUUUACGGGAACAUAAUCGUAUCGCCAGUCAGUUGGCAGAGAUCAACCGGCAUUGGGAUGAUGAGCGGCUGUAUCAGGAGACACGCCGUAUCGUGAUUGCAGAAAUUCAGAAAAUAUUCUACAACGAUUACCUUCCGGCGAUCGUUGGGCAUCACACGGCACGGCAGUAUGGGUUGCUGGAUAAUACCGAGCAUGGCCACACGGCACUUUACAGUCCCGAUGUGAAACCGUUGGUUCUCAACGAGCUCACUGGAGCUGCCUUCCGUUUUGGGCAUUCCACCGUCGAUGGAGCAUUCCUAAUCCAACAUCGUCAUCGUCGCUCGGAACUGGUACCAAUACAGGAUGUAUUUCUUGAUCCCUCGCGGUUGCUGGAGCGUUCCUUUUUCGAUGAUCUACUGUUCUCGCUGAUCGAUCAGCCUCAGCAGCAGGUGGACGAUUCGAUCACACACGGUUUAACGAGACUAUUGUUUGCUGGACACCAUCCCUUCGGAUCCGAUCUGGCCUCCCUAAACAUCCAGCGCGGUCGGGAUCAUGCGCUCCGUCCGUAUAACGAUUACCGGGAAUGGGCCGGUUUGCCGCGCAUCACAAGUUUCGAACAGUUCGGAGCGGUCGGCGAAAGAUUGGCCAGCGUUUAUGAUUCACCGGACGAUGUGGAUCUGUGGGUCGGUGGGCUGCUGGAACCACCGGCACGUGGUGGUGCACUGAUCGGUCCCACGUUUGCCAGCAUCCUUAGCGAACAGUUUGCUCGGCUCAAGUAUGGUGAUCGCUAUUACUACACGAACGGUCCGCAGCACAAUCCCGGGUUCUUUACGGUAGAUCAACUGCGGGAGAUUGGCAAGGCAUCGCUCGCCACCGUUAUUUGUGGCAACAUCGAUCAUCCGGAAGGGUUUUCCGUUCCACAAAAUGUGUUUCUCCAUCCGAGCGAACACAAAAAUCCACCCGUACCGUGCCGAUCGUUGCCAGCGAUCGAGUUGAGCGCCUGGAGUGGCCAUUAGUGUACGUGGUUCAGUGAGAUUUGUUUUGUUAUGAAAUGUUGUCUUUUAAUAAGUUUAUGUUAGCGAUUGUUGGAAACAUUUCUAUGUUUGUUAAAAUAAAGCAUCGUGUCGAAAUAUCGGCAACGCCAAGA